CUCCGAUCUACUAGUACGCGUCAGUCGCGACUCAACAGCGGAUCAACACGCCGCCCCGCGAACAAAUUCACGACCUCAGUAACGCCGCCUGAUUAAUUUUUUAAUGUGCAGACCCGUAUUUUUGUAGUGCGAAAACGGUGAAAGUAUUUUUUUAUUUGCAAACUGUGAUAGCGAGUCAGGCGGAUAGAGGUUUGGGUGGGGCGCGUUCCGCUGACACAGUGGCUCAGUCAGCCGCCGGUCGCCGAGUGGCAAGUACCAUUGAUUGUCUCCACACCACCGUACGCCAGUGAAACAAAAAAAUGCAUAUUGAAGUGCAAGUGGCCCUGAACUUCGUCAUAUCGUAUCUGUACAAUAAAUUGCCGAGACGGCGGGUGAAUAUUUUUGGGGAAGAAUUAGAAAAAGCGCUUAAAGAGAAGUUCAGGGGGCACUGGUACCCAGAGAGGCCAUGCCGUGGCUCCGCAUUCCGUUGCUUGAAGACUGGGGGUCCUUUAGACCCCGUACUAGAACGGGCAGCAAGAGAGUCAGGAGUACCUGUUAGGGAUGUGCUUGAGCAUUUGCCAAGGGAUUUGGCCGUUUGGGUUGAUCCAGGUGAAGUGUCAUACCGAAUUGGCGAGAAGGGCGCAGUGAAGGUUCUCUUCAGCAGCGACGAGCGAGCUGCUGACGAGAGGACUGAUAGAGAGGUUACCCGCGCGUUCAAUCCCGAGGCUCAGUGCUUCCGGCCUGUGGAGCCAGCGGCAGCUCCUUCGCCUCCUACGCCCGCUGCGUUCUCGCCGGCGCCGCCUUUCCGCGCGCAACCGCUCACCUUCACCACUGCCACAUUCGCGCAGACCAAGUUCGGCAGCACUAAGUUGAAAACGAGCAGCAAACGUGCGAACCGCAUGUCUCCCACCGAGUUCAGUAACUACAUCAAGCAGCGCGCGGUGCAGCAGCAGCUGGCGGCGCGUGCGCUGUCGCCGGCCGCGGACCCUGCGGCGUACUUCGUGGCGCGGCGCGAGCCCGCUCCCUCGUCCGCGCCGCCGUACCCUCCCGCGCCGGCGCACCUGCUGCUCGCCAACUGAGCCGCGCACGCGCGCUAGCCGCCCCGCGCGACCCGCUCAUAGAGUCUACUUUUUUACGAGAGAGACGCGCGCCGCGAUUUAUUUUUUUAUUUUCCGCGGGGGCGUCCCGCGCCGCCCGCCGCUUGUGAUAUCCGUACGAUUUUCCAUAACUUUUUGUAUUCUCGUUCGUUACGUCGAUGUGUAAAUUUAUCGAUAGGAGCAAUAAUCGGCCGCGCGACUCGCCGGCGAUUUAUUUUCGUAAUAUUUAAUGCAGAGUCAAGUUUUUGAUGUCUUCGUUCGAUAAUAUUAGUAGGGUAUAAGAGAGCGAGAGGCCGAGUGGCCGCGUGCGCAUACGACGACGUACCUUCUAGAGCGAGCCUGUAUACAUACGUCCUCCGAUCUUAAGAAAAUACUGAUAUAUAUAUAUAUAUAUAUAAAUAUCUAUACAUAAUAUAAUAUUAUAUAUUCGUACGCGAUAAUUAUCUAAUUUUUCACGUCGAAAAGAAUGGCCAAUAGAGAAAUUACGUAUUUUUAAUAUUGAAAUUAAUAAUUCAUACUAAAUAGUGUUACUAAAUACUUGUAUGUAUUGUACUGGUAUAAUAAAUGUUUGCAUAUCCGUUCGGACGCGGUCGGACGGCGCGGCGGGCCGCCCGAGGGCGUCGGAGAUCUCACCUAGUGUAAUCAUCACUCGUACGAUUGUACCCUUAUAAUUAUAAUAUACAUAAAAUAUUAUAGGUCUAGCUACGUUUCAAUCUAACAGUAUUUUUUUAAGAAGAUAUUAGUCCUUGUGUACAUUACCGGCCGUCUGCGUCGCGGCGGUCGGUCUUAGUCUAUAUGGUAUACUUAUAUAAUAUUGUUAUAAAAGACAUGAAUAUGAAUAAAUGAUAGAAAAAAAAUAUUUCUCAAUUCAUAAAAUAACGGGUGCAUGCAAAUUCAUGGAAAUAAAUACUAUGUGUUAUUUAUCUUUUUUAUAUUUCACUUGGCGAUGGUGCAGUUUUUCAAUGGAGUGUGUAUUUAGCGUAGUGUAGUGAUAUGCGGGUAGUCGGUUGGAUCAGCUUGUUAUUGUGAUUACGUGUUCAGUAUUGAGAGGUGGACGUCUCUCACCAUUGUGUAACUGUGAAAUUCUAUGCACAACAAUGACAAGUUGUUACCUACGUAGUUAUUGAAAAUGUGCAACUAUUUUUUAAUACUUUUAUAUUUUGAUUUAGAUUAAGUCUAGUUGUAUGAUUUGAAAAAUCUUGAUCGUGUACUUUAUUGUUACCCUAUAUUAUAAUUAAAUUAUUAUGUAACGUGUACAUGUAGCGAGGUCUCGAUUGAAAAACUGACCAAAAGGCUACAGUAUUUUGUAGAUAAAAUCUAUAUUGUAAGUUUAAUAAUAAUACAAUUUAGAGUAAUGAGAUUUUUUAUUAUAAAGAUACUUUUUAUUUUUUCUUUCUUUUGUAAGAUAUAUUCGAUGGAAGUGUUAAAGAUAAUAUAAUAUUUGCAUAAUAUAGUAAAAGCGGCUCUCCAUGUCCGCAAAUAUAAUUAGUCAAUAAUAAUUUUUCAUAUUGUUG